AUGACAUUACCUAAAUUUUCUUUGUUAGCAAAUAAAUUAGCCUAAAUUCGUGCUAAAUAACUUGCUUUAAACUUUAAUGAGGAAUGGCUUAAACCCUUAAUUUUGUCAGAUUAGAAAAUAAAUCAAUUAGUUCCAAAUUUCUUUACAAAUCAGAGCAAUUUUGAAUUAUAUGAACUCAAAGACUAAUAUAAAACUCUACCAGAUUCUUAAAACUUUAAUAGUACUAGCAAUACAUUUACUUAAUUAAAAAUUCCAAUUGGAUAGAAUUAAAGAUUGAGAACUUAAUUUACUAAAUUAUCAACUAAAUAUGCAAGAAUAGGAAGAUUAUUGGAAGUAUUAGAUUUAUAAGUAGGCUUGGUAGGAUAUAAACAUGCAUAUGCUGAUUUUACAAAUCGUCAAAUAACUAUAGCAACAUUAGGUGUUUAUGAUUUUCUAUUUUAUAAAUAAGAAUUUGAUUAUAACAAAGACAUAAUAAUGAAUUCAUAUGUUAGUUAUGUUGGUAAAUCAUCAAUAGAAAUCAAUAGUGAUUUAUUCUAAGAUAAUUAAUUAGCUGCAACAGUUUCAUUUGUGAUGGUUAGUAGAAAUGCAGAGAAGUAUGAUUAAGCUUAAUCAGUACCUCAAUUAUUAGAUGAAUUACAUCCAAAUAUUAAGGAAUCAUGUUUUAUAAGGAGAUCUUUAGGCAAAUUAAACUAAUAAAGAAGAAUUUAAGAAUCAAAAUUAUAAUAGGAACCACCUAAUUAAAAUGAAUCAAAAUAUUUGCAUGAUAUGAUGAAGAAAAGAGAUGAUAGUUUAUAUAUAAGCCAGACAAAAUUAGAUAAAAAUAUAAUGAUGCAUACUUAGGAUAGAAAUCUACAUGGUAAAGCAUUUGGAGGACAUAUAAUGAAAGAAAUAAUAGAAUUAGGUUGGUUAGUUGGUUAUAAGCAUACAAUAGGAAAUGAUGUAUUUAUAAUCCAUAUUUUUGAUGUUACUUUUCUUGCACCAGUUGCUAUAGGAAGUAUAAUAAAUUAAUCAGGUAAGAUUUGUUAUGUAGAAGAUGAUAUAAUGAUAAUAUAAGUAUAAGUGGAUGUACAUAAUUAUAAUGAUAGUAAAGUAACAAUUCUUAAAACAACAGAAGUAUAUUUAGCAAUGAAAUCAUCAGUUUUAAUCAAAUAAGUUUAGCCUUAGACAUAUGAAGAAGCAAUGCUAUUCUUACAUGGUAAAAGAUUAAUGGAUAAAUUGAAAUAUGAUUGA